UGCUUUGGAACAUGAUCUCACUCCCAAUCCACUACAUCAAUAUAGAUUCAUUGAAAGGGAAUGCGGAAUGCAUCUGGUGACUCCAGUCCCAAAGCAGUUCGGCUGAUUGUUAGCCAUGAAACAAUGGUGGCAGAACAAUGCAGAACACGGCAUCGGAUCACCAGGAACAUCCGGUGCAAACCAGGAAGGAACAUUUGCUUUUCGUCUUUGGAAAGCCGUGGCGGUGGCUGCGGAAGGCGGCUGCGGAAGGCGGCUGCGGUGGUUCUUGAAUGCUUGCAGCGAUUGGAUGUGGACCCGAGGCUGAAACCCAGCCAGCGAUUGAAGAAGCUAAUUCAGAAAUUCCAGCAGAUGAGCUUAGAAUUUCAACAAUCACUUCAGAAGCUGACAGCUCCAGCUGGAGCUGUCAUGUGUCAUGAAGCAAAGUUCAGCGAACACACAUGUCAGAGAUAUUCAGAGAUUGAGAAAGCGCGCUGCUUCGUCGACCAUGUGAGACUAGAAGAUUGGCUUUGUCAACCCUGUCUACAUGGCAAGUUGCUGCCGUGGUGCUUCCGCAAGACCAAGAUCCCACGUGUGUCGUGGCUGUCACUGCCCACAUGGCAGGUUGAAAUACUGUAGCCAGUGCAAUGGUUGUCCGCAUGGCAAGACAAAACUAAAAUUGUCGUGGCUGCCCGCUGUCGAUUGUCUUGCGCUGUCCCAAAGCUUGCGCGUGACCGGUCAAACGAAGCUGCUUGCGCAGCGUGGAGACCGGUGCGAGCACGGUGUCGGUUGUGCGCCUGCAAGCGCCACAAGCACAAGUGGACCUGCACCACGAAAGGGGUGC